AUGACCGCAACGAACGCCAGCCCGAAGCGCCAGGUCACCGUCGGCGUGCUCGCUCUGCAAGGCGCCUUCAGCGAGCACGUCCAGCUGCUGCGCCUGGCCAUCGCGAGCCUGCACGCCCGGAAAGUCCAUGACGCCGCCGCCGCCGACUGGUCCUGCAUUGAGGUGCGCACCCCCGCAGAGCUCGCAACCUGCGAUGCUCUGAUCCUGCCUGGCGGCGAGAGCACCACCAUGUCUCUCGUUGCAGAGCGCUCGGGCAUGCUGGAGCCGUUACGGGAUUUUGUCAAGGUGCAACGCAAACCCACCUGGGGAACCUGCGCCGGUCUGAUUCUGCUCGCAGAAUCCGCAAACCGUACCAAGAAGGGCGGCCAGGAGCUCAUUGGUGGCCUUGACGUCCGCGUAUCCCGCAAUCAUUUCGGCCGUCAAACCGAAUCAUUCACCGCAGACCUCGACCUCCCCUUCCUCCGCACUGCUCAGGCGGUAGAAACCCAGACCGAUGAGAUGCCUUUCCCCAGCGUAUUCAUUCGCGCGCCAGUAGUGGAGAAGCUGCUGCCACACAUGGAUGGUAUCCAGACAGAAGAGGCUGCCAAGGAGGAGACCAUCGUUGCGCCUUCGAAGGUUCCCAAGGAUAAUGUUGCACGCGCCGACUUCAACGCAUCUGUCGAAAUUCUGGCGAGGCUGCCUGGCCGUGCCAAGGCUCUUGGGAAGCCUGGCGUUACUGCCAGCGAAGAGGGCGAGGCGGGCGACAUCAUUGCCGUUCGACAGGGUAACGUUUUCGGCACAAGCUUUCACCCGGAGCUGACGGGUGAUUCCCGCAUCCACGCGUGGUGGCUGGAACAAGUUGUCGCAGCAUUGGCAAAGCGGCAGAGUCUGGCAGUACGGUAG